UAUUACACAACGCACCUGCGAGAAGCCUCUGAGACUGAUAGAAUUUUGUGAUUUAAACUUAAUUUUAAAACGAACAAGCACACCUAUAGACAUGCCGAAGGUCGUAUCCCGUAGUGUUGUUUGCACAGAUACUAAGGAUCAGGAGGAAUACCAGGGAGAAAAGCCACUGAAUGUAUAUUACUGUUUGUGCGGACAGAUGAGCCUGAUCCUUGACUGUCCUGUAGAGAAACUUCCACUAAGAAGAAGGGAUAAUGCAAGGGUAAUAGAUGGCCACAAGCAUGCCCACAAGCUGACCUGUGAUAAUGACGAGGUGAUUCAUUUGAAGAGACCUGAGGGUAUUGAAAGACAAUAUAGAAAAAAAUGUAAAAGGUGCGGCCUAUGGAUCUUCUAUCAGCACACAGAGAAAGGCAGUAAUGUCACCUUCAUAGUAGACGGUGCAUUAAAGAAAGAAGUGGAGGGAAUCAAGGCAGAUGUUUACAGUCAGAUAACACAGCCAAAGAAGGUCACUCUAACAAAGCACACAAAAAAUAUGGGUAAAUUUAGCUCUGUCACUGUGUCCACAGUAGAUGAGGAGGAAGAAGAAAUAGAGGCAAAAGAAAUAGCAGAUUCAUAUGCAGCAAAUGCAAAAGUUAUUGAAAAACAACUGUUCAGGAAGGGAAUGGCAAAGAGGAAGUUUGCAGAGCAGACUGACGAAGCAAUGAAGAAACGUGUCAAAGGAACGCUUAUAGACAAGUGAUGAGAUCAUGCUGACUGAGAAUUUCCAGUUAUCAAGCUGGACCAGAAAAGAGGUUGUGAUCUGUUCAAGCCAGUUCACUGCUGUCUGGUCAAUAUGUGUGAAAAUAUGUGAUUAAGAGGAUGAUGGAACAGGCAACUUGACUACUGUAUACUGAGUGCCAUCUAUGGUUGUCUUUUAGAAAAAAUGUCCAUGUAAUUUUUUUACAUAUGCACUUUUAAGAUACAUAAAAAAGAUGGAUUUUUGUAUUUGGCUUUGAAAAUGAAGAUUAAGUGGUAAAAGUGUUGAAUUUUUAGAAAUAUAAGACUGUCUGUAAAAUUGAACAGUUGCACUAGAGCAUAGCUGUGUAAAUGGUGACCAUAAACAAAAGCAAGCAUAUUGGGAAGUGUCCUGUGUUAAAAUGAAUUAUUCCUGCAGUUUCUUUUUUGAGAAUAAAGCCAAAUUAUCAGUCCUAAAUGUGUGUUACAGCAUAUAAGUAACAUUACAUAACUUAUACUGAAAAUGGAAAACAGAAUGUAGCUGAAAAUCAGCAAUCAAACUUUCUUAAAUGCCCAUUCUGCUUACCUUUAAUUUUGACACCUCAACAGUUGUCUGUAUUGUCAAGAUCUGAUUCAAAUGUGUUUUACAGUGUAUAAGUAACACUUUAACUUUGUACAAUUUGAUAAAAAGAUUAUUUUAAUAUGUUAAAACAUAUGAAAUUGUAUGAAUAAAUCAGUAAAAUGAAAAUGUAUAUAAAAUCACUGAAAUGUAUUUGAAUUUUACUUUGUAUUUAAACUAAGCAUGAGUGUCACAUCAGAAAUGGAUAAUGAAAGUGCCACCUGCCACAGAUUGCCCUGGUCAAUAUCCUGUGUCAGUUAGAAUUACAUAUCUUAAGGUAAGAUCUAAAUACUUUUUGGGUGGAAUGAGAAAUGAAAAAUUGAACAAAAUUUCCGUUACCUUCUGAACACCUGGAUCCACCUAAAACUGCAAUUUUCUUAGUUGAUCAUACUAAAAUGACUAAGUGUAUUAUUUUGUUUUAUGUAA